AUGCUGGUCGCGGUCGGCACUUCAACAGGAAUUUUCCAGCUGGGCAGGGAUGGCAACAGAGAGGCAUCCGAUAUAGUCCAUGUCGGUGGUUUUGCAGGGCGGUACAACCGCGGAAACCGCCCACCUCGGGGAGCACGAUGGACCCCCGAUAUUAUUUACGCGGCUUCCAUGGCUCUAGUAUGGCAAUCCGGCUGCGUCAAGGUGAGUAAAUGGAAAGUGGUCAGGGACCCGGACUAA